AUGACAGCGGAGGAGACCAUUAACAUCAAAGAGGUGGAGGUGAUCAAGCUGAUGCUGGACUUCCUCAACUCCAGGAAGCUUCACAUCAGCAUGCUGGCUCUGGAGAAGGAGAGCGGCGUCAUCAAUGGCCUUUACUCUGACGACAUGCUCUUCCUUAGGCAGUUGAUCCUAGAUGGCCAAUGGGAAGAGGUCCUACAAUUCAUUCAGCCUUUAGAAGGCAUGGACAAGUUUGACAAAAAGAGGUUCCGCUACAUCGUCCUGAAGCAGAAAUUUCUGGAGGCCCUGUGUGUAAAUAACGCCAUGUCAGCUGCUGACGACCCUCAGAAUCUGGAGCUGUCCAUGCAGGAAGCGGUCAGGUGUCUCCACAGCCUGGAGGUGUUCUGUCCCUCUAAAGAGGACUACAGUAAACUCUGCCUGCUCCUCACGCUGCCCUGCCUCACCCAACACGCUGAGUUCAAGGAUUGGAACCCCAGCACGGCCCGGGUGCACUGCUUCGAGGAGGCCUGCGCCAUGGUGGCUGAGUUCAUCCCUGCCGACAGGAAGCUGAGCGAGGCCGGGUUCAGGGCCAGCGGCAACCGCCUCUUCCAGCUGCUCAUCAAAGGAGUUUUGUACGAGUGCUGUGUGGAGUUCUGUCAGAGCAAAGCCACGGGGGAGGAGAUCACGGAGGACGAGGUGCUCUUGGACGUGGACAUGUUGUGUGGCAAUGGCUGCGACGAACUCGACCUCUCCCUGCUCUCGUGGCUCCAGAACCUCUCGCCAGGCGCCUUCUCCUGCGCCUUUCAGCAGAAGACCCUGGCCAUCCACGUGGAUCGCCUGGUCAAGCCCACCAAAGCCGGCCACGCCGACCUGCUCACCCCCCUCAUCAGCCGGCUUUCCCCCUGUCCCUCCUCGCCCCUGCAGAGGCCCCAGUCGGCAGACACCUACAUGUCUCGGUCCCUGAACCCGGUGCUGGACGGGCUGUCCCAUGGCCUGGCGGCCCAGGCCCAGAACAAGAGGGGCACGGAGGGCAGCGUGAGACCGGCGCUCAGCCAAAGCAUGGUGGAGAAUAACGUGCACCAGCUGGACGACGACUCACCAGAAAGACCGCUUCGCCGUCCGUUUGGCAUCGUGUCACGUCCGUUUGGCAUCGUGUCACGUCCGUUUGGCAUCGUGUCGCGUCCGUUUGGCAUCGUGUCGCGUCCGUCUGGCAUCGCGUCACGUCCGUCUGGCAUCGCGUCACGUCCGUCUGGCAUCGCGUCACGUACGUUUGGCAUCGUGUCGCGUCCGUCUGGCAUCGUGUCGCGUCCGUUUGGCAUCGUGUCACGUCCGUUUGGCAUCGUGUCGCGUCCGUUUGGCAUCGUGUCGCGUCCGUCUGGCAUCGCGUCACGUCCGUCUGGCAUCGCGUCACGUACGUUUGGCAUCGUGUCGCGUCCGUCUGGCAUCGUGUCGCGUCCGUUUGGCAUCGUGUCACGUCCGUUUGGCAUCGUGUCACGUCCGUCUGGCAUCGUGUCACGUCCGUCUGGCAUCGUGUCACGUCCGUUUGGCAUCGUGUCACGUCCGUUUGGCAUCGUGUCACGUCCGUCUGGCAUCGUGUCACGUCCGUCUGGCAUCGUGUCACGUCCGUUUGGCAUCGUGUCACGUCCGUCUGGCAUCGUGUCGCGUCCGUCUGGCAUCGUGUCGCGUCCGUUUGGCAUCGUGUCACGUCCGUUUGGCAUCGUGUCACGUCCGUUUGGCAUCGUGUCACGUCCGUCUGGCAUCGUGUCGCGUCCGUCUGGCAUCGCGUCGCGUACGUUUGGCAUCGUGUCACGUCCGUCUGGCAUCGUGUCGCGUCCGUCUGGCAUCGCAUCGCGUCCGUUUGGCAUCGUGUCGCAUCCGUCUGGCAUCGCAUCGCGUACGUUUGGCAUCGUGUCACGAUUGUCCCACCGGUUCUGGUUCUGGCCUCCAGUGGACCAAAUGUCAUGCGUACCCCUCUGGCCCCCGGGACGGACGCAUGGCAGUGAGCAGGUCCAAGAGUACUACAGGCAGAAGAAGCGUGUUCAGCAGCACUUGGAGCAGAAGCAGCAGCAGAGACAGCUGUACCAGCAGAUGCUGCUGGAGGGAGGGGUUCACACACAGGAGGGGCCAGAUGCCCAGCAUAACCUCACUGAGAAGUUCCUCAACAGGUCCAUCCAGAAGCUGGAGGAGAUGAAUGUGGGAAUGGACAAUGUGGGAGAGGAGGGGGUCCAGUCUGUGAGCCAGCAGUGUAACGGGACCCCUGGACCCAACUCUAGUACCCAGACCCAAGAGACAGGCCAUCUCAAGGACAAGCCGGGGGGGAUCAGCAGCACCCCUCUCAUGGCAGGGUCUCAGGGCAUGCCCUCCUUCGACGAGUCCCCCGUUGUCCUUAACUGGGGAGUUUUUCAGGAUAAAAAAUCCAAGGCCCAGUUUGUGGCAGUGAACAGUCUGGAGGACACGCAGGCGUUGCGCGCUGUGGCCUUCCACCCCACGGGGGCGCUGUACGCCGUGGGCUCCAACUCCAAAACCCUGCGCGUCUGUGCUUACCCAGACACCCUCAACACAAGUGGGUCAGGCCCAGUCAAGCAGCCGGUGGUGCGCUUCAGAAGGAACAAACACCACAAGGGUUCCAUCUACUGCGUGGCCUGGAGUCACUGUGGACAACUGCUGGCCACCGGCUCCAAUGAUAAAUAUGUCAAAGUGCUGCCCUUCAACGCAGAAACCUGCAAUGCCACAGGGCCCGACCUGGAGUUCAGUAUGCAUGACGGCACCAUCAGAGACCUGGCGUUCAUGGAGGGUCCUGAGAGUGGAGGAUCCAUCCUGAUCAGCGCCGGAGCCGGAGACUGUAACAUCUACACCACUGACUGCCAGAGAGGACAGGGGCUGCACGCUCUCAGUGGGCAUACAGGCCACAUCCUGUCUCUGUACACGUGGGGUGGCUGGAUGAUCGCCACGGGCUCCCAGGAUAAGACUGUCCGCUUCUGGGACCUGAGAGUCCCCAGCUGUGUGAGGGUGGUGGGGACAGCCCUGCAUGGCUCUGGCAGUGCAGUGGCCUCGGUAGCUGUUGACCCCAGCGCUCGUCUCUUGGCAACGGGACAAGAGGACUGCAGCUGCAUGCUCUAUGACAUCAGAGGAGGCCGGAUGGUGCAGACGUACCGCCCACACACCAGCGACGUGCGCUCCGUCCGUUUCUCUCCCGGGGCACACUAUCUGCUCACGGGUUCCUACGACAACAAAGUCAUCAUCACUGACCUGCAAGGUGACCUGACGAAGCAGCUUCCUCUGACGGUGGCGGCGGAGCACGAGGACAAGGUCAUCCAGUGUAGGUGGCACACGCACGACCUCUCCUUCCUGUCCUCCUCCGCAGACAGAACAGUCAAACUCUGGGCCCAGUGUCCAUGA